CACUACAACUAUCACCGUUGCUUUUCUUGAAAGAAAGGAAAUCGAUCUAGUUCCCUUCAUUCGAAAACAUCACCUUAGCUCAUAGUCCUUGUCAAUUAGUAUCCUCCCCUCCCCACCAUCAUGUCCUCCGAUCUCCCCGCUCCGUCGUCCAUUACAUCACUCCCGCAGGAGCAGCAAUUCCGCGUCCUCGAUACCCUGUUCGAGUCGUCGCCGGAGCUGCACACCCUCAUGGCUCCCGUUCUCGCAAACCAGACAUUCUCAUCCUAUCCAACUCUGAUUGAUGCUGUUGGCGGUCGCAUGUCCGCCCUGUCCGCUGCCAACUCGUCCAAAGAUCGCGAUAUCCUGGUGGGGAUUCUGGGAUCGCAUCCCCGCCUGGGACAGCCCAAGGGAGCCCCGACAGAGCACUUGAGCGAACUGAGCAAGAAGGAACAAGCAAACCUGAACACGGGAGCAGAGGAGCAAGCGGAGAAGCUGAAGCGUAUGAAUGCGGAAUAUGAGGAGAAGUUCCCCGGCCUGCGAUUUGUUACUUUUGUCAACGGCCGCAACAGGGAUGUUAUCAUGGAAGAGAUGCGGGCGCGGAUCGACCGGGGUGACGCUGAUCGCGAAGUGGAGGAGAUCAUACAGGCAAUGUGCGAUAUUGCAAAGGAUCGGGCACGGAAAUUGGAGCAAUCUGCUAAGAUAUAGUUCCCAUCAUGCAAGCGUACUAGAUAACAACAAUAAAUACCCUUCGAUUUCAGCAGACCCUGAUACAUCUCCUUGCCAAAGCCGCUGCUUUGCAACGUACAAUUCUAUCUAAGCGAUUCCUCAGCGGAGCUCUCUGUCUCCUAUGGGAGACAAUGGCGGUAGUCUGCAUGGCGACUGGUGAUUCCGUUAGUAUAAAAGUGGCUGACUAGUGCCGGCGAAUUCUGGGAA